UGGCCGCGGCCCCAGGCAGCGGGGCUCGGCUCGGCGCGGAGCGGAGCUGCCCGGCCCGGCCCCGCGGAGGCACCUCCCCGCGCCGUGCCGCCGCCCCCAGGCUGCGCGGCACAAACUUUCUGUCGGGCAGCGGGGCGGUGUGGCGGCGCGGCGCUGCCCCGGCACCACACUGUCGCGGAGCCCACCAGGGGAGCGGCCCCGGAGCGAGGCGGGCGGGCACGGGCGGCAGCCGGAGGAGGAGGAGGAAGCACUGUCAGCGGGGCCGGCCGUCUCCGCCCGCCGGGCAUCCUUCAGCACUGCCAGGCUGCGCUUUGCCCGCCGGCUGUCCCAGGUACCGCUCGCCCGGCCCGGCGGGUGAACUUGCUGAGGGGGCAGGAGAGGGGAGCUGCUGAAAUGGGUUGUGGAUUGAACAAACUAGAGAAGCAUGAUGAAAAACGACCUGGUAAUAUCUAUUCAACUUUGAAGAGGCCCCAGGUAGAAACCAAGAUAGAUGUUUGCUAUGAGUAUCGAUUCCUGGACUUCACGACACUAAAUGAUACUGAGUUGCCAGGAUCAUCAGCAAUCAAGCUCUCCUCCUUGCACGAUCUUCCAGCUCAGCUGCAAGAAUUGUACCAGCAGGGCUUCGUCUUGGCUGCUGUCCACCCUUUCGUGCAACCAACUGAUGAAAAAGAGAAAACUCCCCAGGAACAAAUCUUCAGGGCUGUGCUUAUCAAGAAAACAGAAAGGUCUUCAAAAAGUGAUGUCCCUAGUGAACGAUACGUCUUGGAGGUGGAGUGCUGCUCCUUUUUAAACCAACUUUCAGAUAAAAAGGAGAUACCUGAUUUUAUUAAAAAAAUUCAAGAUGCUGCAAGUCAAGGCUUGAAAUUUGUUGGAAUUAUACCUCAGUACCACUCCCAAAAGAACUGUCUUGUCAGCACCUCCCUGACACCUGCCAGUAACAACUCUGUGCAAUCAAGAGAUAAUAAAAAUGUUUCAAAUUACCCCAAGAAUCACGCUUCACCGGAUGGCGAGAAAAUAGAUGCCAUUAAUGGAUGCGAUACUCCAGCCCUGAGUGAGGAAAGUGCUGACCAACGUGCCACAUCCCGGGAGGGCUGCAGGGGUGAAGGUCAGGCUGGUGAAGAGCCGACGCUCAGGUCUGCGGAGGGGAAGGAAGAACUGGCUCAGCACGCGAACCCAAGUGUAACAGAAGCGGCGGACAAGCCAAACGGGCUUGCGGAGAAUGAAACGCCAGCACGAUGUUUGAAACCACUUACUGGCAAAACAGAGAUCUUUGUUCUCUUCAACAAGCCAAAAACCCCACAGAGACGCAGCCAGUAUUACACAGUGACUAUCCCUAUGAGGAUCUCCAGGAAUGGGCAGACUGUCAACAGCUUAGAAGCAAAUUGGCUGGAGCACAUGACAGAUCACUUCAGGAAAGGAGGCUCAUUGGUAAACGCCAUCUUCAGCCUUGGAAUGGUAAAUGAUUCUUUACAUGGGACAAUGGAUGGAGUAUUUCUCUUUGAAGAUGUUGCUGUGGGAGACAGUAAAACCACACAGGGCUAUGAUGCAAUUGUAGUAGAGCAGUGGACUGUCCUGAAGGGAGCUGAAGUGCAGACCGAUUACGUUCCGCUGCUGAACUCCCUUGCCCUGUACGGCUGGCAGCUGACGUGCGUCCUUCCCACUCCCAUUGUGAAGACCAACAGGGAGGGGAAUUUAUCUACAAAGCAAAUUGUAUUUCUUCAGAGACCUUCUUUGCCCCAGAAAGCAAAGAAGAAAGAAUCUAAGUUUCACUGGAGGUUCUCCAAAGAAGACAUGCACAACAAGCAAAUGAAGAAAUCCGCAAAGGCGAAAUUAAGUACGAGAGAGAAACAAACAUCAGAGGAGAAGCAGGAAUUUGAAGUCACAGAGAACACAAGAAACUUAGAAGCACAAAUCUCAGAGGCCAAGCCUGAUCCAGAACAGCAGCUGGACAAUGUCAUAGACUUGGGACAUGCGGUAGCAGGGACCGAGGACGGAGAUGCCCAUCGUGAUGGGGGCUCAGAAGAGACAGGUCCUGCCAGUUGCGAUACUGAUGACAACGCCGUGCAGGUCUGUGUCAGCCAGAGCACGUCUGACUGCUGCGCGGGUCCGGGAACAGAGGCGGGGGACUCUGCUCCGGUGUCAGACGGCUGCGCUGGCAGUGACGGGGCAGGGCUGGACACAGGCUGCUCCUCUGAGUAAGACCUAUGCAUCAGGUAUCCUGUGAGUCGCUGAUACUUUGCCGAGAGAGCAGAACAGAUUUUGCUGUCACCAUCGCUAACUCCUUUGCUCAAUUCAGCAUUUCUUUGGCAUUGUACUUACUUUGCUCCUUAACACACCAAUAUCUUGGUAUUUUAAGUAACUACAGGACCCAGGCUUUUUAACCCACAGAAAUUAAUUGCCAAAUUCCAUCUUGUUCACAGAGUGGGAUGUGCCCUGGGCUGUCUCCUAGAGCUGCACUUCAAAUGAAAACGUAGGGACAGAAAACAUACUCGGGUUUUUCUCUCACUGACCUUAGCAAACCAGGUUUGUACCUAGGUCAGGGCAAGCGUUCCCCUUGGUCAGAUUUUAUUCUGUGACACUUUCUCAUCCACAUAUCUUUGCUGGGGAAGUUACUGUGCCGUAUGUUAUUUUGUCAUUAAGCUUGUAGUGUCAUGAAAACGGUAUUUGGGCUUAAACAGGCUGAAAUCGGAAAGCUUAGAGAAGAGGGCUGUUGUCUGUAUUUAUCUGAAACAGCACACUUACUGCUGAUACUCUCUUCUGAAUUUUAUUAACUCUUGCAGAUCUUUAAGCAAUAAGCAAAUUAUGUACCUAUUUUAGACGCACCAGGUAAGCGACCCCAUGGUAAAUUUGUGUGAGGCAGAUGAUUCCAAUAGAAAAUGCAAUUUUCUAUUCGCUCACGUUUAUGUUCUUUGCCAAUCAACAGUUCAUCGACAGUGGUGGGGGCUUCAGUCAGUAGUUGUGGGGGCUUCAGAAGAUAGCAAAACAGAAAAAAACAGGUAAAAAUAUGUGUCUUUUAGUGGCUGUCUUCACUAAAAUUGGAACUAGAUGUCACCUCCUGACCGUUGCAGGUGAUGCCGUAAAAUAUGUUGUGAGAAGGAACUGAAAUGGCAAAGAGCAGGAGGCAGUGGCCAACAAAUGUCACUAAAUGACCUUACGAAAUGCAAACACCUUAAUAAAGGGGCUUUUUUUCAUACAAGUAACUGUAUGUUGAGACUGAUACCUAACGGAAUUCUGUAAAAUUACCAGCAUUUUAAUGUUUGGAGCUACAUUAAAUAUUUACAAGUGAAUGUACAUGUGUAAUAUAGCUUCGGUGCCAGUGUUCUCCAAGUACUUCAGUGUUCUUAAAACUGUAGGAAGUAGUUGUUUCUGUCUUCUUAACCACCUUCAUCCCUGUUUAGAAAUGAUCUGGGAACAAGGUGGGAAAUACAUUCUAAAUUCCCCCAAUUUUAGUUUUUGUAAAAGCAAGAGCUCUGUAAGUGAUUUGCUGUUUUUUCCCUUGAUUGAUUUCUGAUAAUUUUCCUUAGUCUUCAAAUCAAAAUGCUGCACAGAGAACUCUGUUCUGUAUCAAUUGUGCACCUGGAGUGGUUCAAAAGCAUUUUCCAUGCCUUAAAAUUAUACAGUUGGCAGAACAUGGCAGAGAAGGGGAUAAAAAUCCCACCACUUCGAAUAUUCAUCUCAUUGGGACAGCGGCACUGAGGUUUAAACCGUUCGAUUUCACACACAUAAAGCACGGUGGUAUUUCUUUCAUUGCUUAAAGAGUUUUUAUUUUGAUCUCGGUGGUUUAACCAGAGGACUAUAACUAAUUUCAGUUUCUGGUGGUAUUUUUCAAUUAUUUCAUUCUGUUUCAUGAGAUUAAACUGAAGUUCCAGUAGCCUCAAAAAUAGGUUGUUUCAGUAGUUCUACUUAAAUACAAGGUCUCUGCUCUGUACAGCUUUAAGUACCUGUUUGCAAAUUUUAUUACCGUAAGAUCCUUCUGCUGAUGGUUUCUAUUUCAAGGACUAGCUUUGUACUCAUCUUGUUUAAAAAUAUACUGUAUUUAAUGAACAUUAUACUAGUAGGAAAGUGUUGCAGUAGAAAGAACUCUCCAAAUACUUUCGAAUAGAAAUCGUUUCUUGAAUUGCAAUUUGACCUUGUUUAACUGGAUCCCAGCUGCUGACAAAACUAAAAAGAAAUAAAGGUCAUGAGGAGAUUUCUUA